GCUAUCAGUACAGUAUUAGACUACAGUGUUGACUUAAACUUGAUUGUGAAAGAACAGAUCGACCAAUCCCUUUACGCUAUGUAUAAGAAUUGAUACUGAACAAAGCUUUAAUGUAGUCGAGCCUGCUAGAACAUAAUCAAGGUGAACAUGUGGAUGUAUUGUAUUGUUCUGUUACCUGUGUUUGUCCUGUUUGUAACACCUGUAUAUACAGCUAACGAUGUAUCAGUUCGUUUACGCGAUGGUUUUAGAGAAAAUGAAGGCAAUAUACAGGUGAAAGUGAACAAUAUUUGGAGAUAUUUGUGUGCUAACACUUUGUACUGGUUGAAUUCACGUGAAGGCGAUGCUGUUUGUAAAGAACUAGGCUAUAGAUCAGCUGGGGCAACUGUAACUAUGUUAACAGAUGUUGGUAGAGACGAGUCUAUAGGAUACUGGUCACCCAACACGAAUAUAUCAUGCAAUUCAAACGAUAGCAGUCUAUUCAGUUGUAACAAUACAGGUUUUACACAUGCAGCAUCAUGCGAUACGAAGAAACAAGUAAAUUCAAAAGUAUAUUGCUUCAAAGAUGUGAGAUUUGGGGUUAGGAUUUUGCGCGAUAUUCAUCGUGGCGUGGCAUUUGUAUUCAACACCGAUCUGAAAAAAUAUCAGACUCUAUGUCAAAACGAUUUUACACCCCAAACAGCUAAAGUGUUUUGCAGACAAAUGGGCUUCUUGAACGGAAGCUCAGAUCAAAACACAUUACCUGGACUAAAUGGUGCUACUGUGAUGGAUAAAUCGUAUGUUUGUUCCGGAGAUGAAUCGAGUCUUCAUGAAUGUACACAAGUUGACACUACUAGCGGAUGUAAUGCAUAUGUUAUUUUUGCUGAAGUACGGUGCACCGGAGACCUCACAUUGUACGGAAAAGUUGACAGGUUAACACAAGGAAGUGGAAUUGUUAAAGUUUAUGACGAUAAAGGUGAACCUAAAAUACUGUGUGCUGAUGGUUUUAAUGAGAAUACAGCCAAAGUGGUGUGUCGAGGACUAGGUCAUGGUGAUAAAGGGUCUGUAUUACCGUCUUCAGCCUACCGUUAUAUAUACACUAGUCCAACAGCUGAUAAAGACAGACUGAAGAUGUCGUUUAAUUGUGAUGGUACUGAAGUUAGACUGAGAGAUUGUGCUAACUCCACCAAACUAUCGUGUGAGAAACCAGAUGAAGUAGCGGCUGUUAUAUGUUCGUCCAACGCUACUGGGGAAGGAGUUACAAAUGUUGCAAGAAUGGGUGAAGUGACGGUUAAGUACCAUGGUGUCUGGGGUUCUAUAUGUACAGAUCAUUGGAAUGAUAAUGCUGCUAGGGUUGUUUGUGGAACUGCUUCAACACAUGCCAGAGCUAUAUCCAGAUCGGUAUCGGGACUGCAGAAUCCAAUGUGGAUAUUUGAUGUUAAUUGUACUAGACAGGAAGAUAGUCUAAAAUCCUGUCAGUUGAUAACAGAUGGUAACAGUUAUAGAUGUAAAUCACCCGAGCAAUCAGUAGCAUAUUGUUAUAAUGAUAUGUUUAAAUAUUCAUUGAUUGGGGGUGGAACCAACUACGGGUAUGUUCAAAUAACUAAGGAUGGUAAAACGGGAUUUGUAAAGAUUCCGGAUAGAGAAUCGACUGAUGAUGUUGCUGAAGCGGCUUGUAAUAGUCUUGGUUUUAAUGGUGGUCUAUCACACCCCAUGCCUGUAACAUCCUCAAAAUAUUACUGGAAUAUCGUGGUUGACCGUCAGAUGUAUGACUUCCUCCGUCUUAAACCUGCGGAUGUCCUGCCUUCAGGUGAUGAUCAACAAUACCUCUCCGUGUCUUGUUUCAGAAGAGUUAAAAUUGAUGGAAGUCUUAACAAUCCGUUGAGUGCUGGUUAUGUUUUAGAGUUCAAAUAUAACAAGUUUUAUGGUAUCUGUGCUGAUAGUUUUACUAAGAGAGAAGGUGACGUAGUGUGUAAAGAACUUGGAUUUGACAAAGCCGUGUCGGUUAACGAAGGGAUUAAUGAUGAUCGCAGUGUGCUUGGAUUUCAUGAUUUUACUUGUCCUGAAGGAGCAAACUCUACAGCUGAAUGCACAUCAAGAUUUACUGGUAACAGAGAUGGGUGCUCGAUGGGGAAAGCUUCUGUAGGCUGUGCAAGCGGACGGAAAACGCAAGCUUCUGUUUUUAUUACUAUCCUCUGCCUCAUGAUGGUAUUUCUAUCUUAAUUCCAACAUUUCAACACAAGCUAGUAACCAAAGCAACUGUUUUAUUUAAAGAUACAUUAUAUAAGAUUUAGAUAAAAAAAAAUGGUGGGACGUUCUUGUCAUAAUAGUUUGAAAAUAGAUAUUGAAAAUUUCAUUAAUAAAAUUUAUUCUGUGCGAAAAAGGGGUGAUGGAAU